AUCAAGGAAGUGGACCAGUGAGGCUGUGGAGGAUCUCCAGACAUGUUUUGACACUACUGGGAUGUGUUCAGGACUGCUACAAACAGUCUGGAUGAGUAUACAGAGGCUGUGACAUCAUAUAUCAGCUUCUGCGAGGACUGCUGCAUUCCAUCACGCACCAGGGAUAUGCUUCAGUCACUGUGUCUGAGGGGCCUUCUCUUGUUGUUGGUGGGAAGACAUGUCUACACUCAGGAGCAAUGCUUAAAAGCUUCAGUAAACACGUGUGGAGACUGCAUCAAGUCCGGGCCUGGCUGUGCCUGGUGUAAACAUGUGAAUUUCACCAAGACUGGGGAGCAGGAAGCUGUGCGUUGUGACACUGUUGCUGUGCUUAAAGAAAAAGGGUGUGCAUCUACAGAUAUAGAAAAUCCUCCGAAUAACUUUGUAGCAAUAGAAAACAAGCCUUUGAAUGCAAACAUUGAAAUCCCAGUGCAAAUCCAACCACAAGAAAUAAAACUGAAUCUCAGACCAGGAAUGCCCCACACUUUUGACUUUGAUUUUAAAAGGGCAGAAGGUUAUCCUGUGGAUCUUUACUACCUGAUGGAUCUCUCCUACUCUAUGAAAGAUGAUUUGGAGAAUGUGAAAAGGCUGGGCAAAGAUUUACUUGAUGAGCUUACUAAAUUCACAAGAAAUGCCAGAAUAGGUUUUGGUUCGUUUGUUGACAAGACGCUUCUUCCAUUCACUGAUACCAAUGUAGACAAGCUCAAAAGACCUUGUCCGGACAAAAAUGUACCAUGUCAGCCAGCAUUUGGCUUUCAGCAUGUCCUUUCCCUGACGAAAAACGGAGACCAAUUCAAAGACAUGGUAGCAAAGCAGAACAUAUCUGGCAACCUGGACCCCCCAGAAGGAAGUCUGGAUGCCAUCAUGCAAGCUGCAGUCUGCGAGAAUGAAAUUGGUUGGGCAAAUAGUAGCACUCGGCUGUUGGUACUGGCCACAGAUGACGGCUUCCACAUGGCAGGUGAUGGAAAACUUGCUGCCAUUCUAGAACCAAACAAAGAAACCUGUCAACUGAUCAACAACAUGUACAGCAAGAACAACAUCUGGGACUAUCCAUCUGUUGGGCAGAUAGCGCGAAAGCUGGAGGAGAAGAACAUACAACCAAUUUUUGCAGUCACCAAGAAAAUGGAAACUGUAUACACAGAGCUAAGCAAACUGAUCCCUAAAUCUGCAGUUGGAGUGCUUUCUGAUGACUCAAACAAUGUUGUUAAUCUAAUUGUGGAUGCAUACAAAAACCUAACCUCGGAAGUGAUUGUGGCACAUGAUACACUCCCAGACUUCAUAUCUGUGAAAUACACAUCGAACUGUAAUGGUGAAACAAAGACCAGUGACCAGGGGAAAUGUGAUAAUGUGAAAUUUGAAAAGGUGACUUUUAAGGUGACAGUUACAGCUGAGAAAUGUAUUAAGCCUCAGAGUUUCCUCAUCGGGCCAUUAGGCUUUAGUGAAAAACUAAAGGUAAAUGUUGCAACUCGAUGCGAGUGUGAAUGUGAUGACACAAAUGAAAAUCAUCCCCACUGUGGAGGAAAUGGCAAAGUCGUCUGUGGUGGCUGCAGGUGUAAUACUGGAUUCUUAGGGCAGCGCUGUGAGUGCAAACUAGGCCAAAAGGACGAGGCCUCACUAAAAGCACAAUGCAGGAAGGACAACGGGACAGAAUGCGAGGGAAAAGGGGAUUGUGUGUGCGGACGAUGUCAGUGCCACCUCACAGAGAGCGGCGGCAAUUUCUAUGGCGAAUACUGUGAAUGUGAUGAUGAGCACUGUGAAAAUGUUUACAAGAAACAGUGUGCAGGUCAUGGGAAAUGUAAAUGUGGUAAAUGCGAUUGUGAUAAAGGCUACGAGGGAACCGCAUGUCAAUGUGCAAAAUCCGAUGAGGCUUGUAAAAUAGAUGGAACUGUUUGUCAUAAUCGUGGUAAAUGCAUAUGUAACCAAUGUAAAUGUGACAGAGGAUACAAAGAGCCCAACUGCAAAACGUGUCCUACUUGCCAACGUCCAUGUCAACAGUCAGGGAGUUGUGUUGAGUGUUUGGCCUUUGAAAGCGGUCCAUUUGAAAAGAACUGUUCCAAGUCCUGUGGCCAUCUUAAGCUCAAGAAGGUUGAGAAGUUGGUCAAGAGCGAUUGUCGUGUCAAAGAUAAAGAAGGCUGCUGGAUGACAUUUGUGAUGACAGAGCUGGAUGGAUUUGACAACUAUUCUGUCGAUGUCUUGAAAGACAGAGAAUGUCCUGAGGGGCCAAACAUAGCUGCAAUUGUAGGUGGAUCUCUUGCAGCUGUGGCAUUGAUUGGUCUCCUGAUCCUCCUCAUCGUCAAGGCACUGCUUUAUGCAAGUGACCUUAGAGAAUGGAGGAGAUUUGAAAAAGACAGGAAACAUGAAAAAAUGUCUGGUACCAACCCAUUAUUCAAGGACGCAACAACCACAGUUCAAAACCCAACAUUUUCCGGAGAUUCUUAAGAAACCUGAAUGGAAAAUGCUGGCGAUGUAGCACAGAGUGGAUGUAUAUUAAUAAAUAUAUGAGUUUGAUACAUUAGCAAUAACAAAAAACAACUUUAACAUUUCUUACAGGUGUACACAGUAAUUCUAACAAAUUUCUAAAUGAUAAACAUUUUAACAGAAAGAAAUAGUAAUUGUAGAAUAGUAUUUAAAAUACACUUACAUGAUAGGGAGGAAAGACUUAAAUCAGUCAUAUUAGAGUAAAAGCAGCUUUAUUUAAAAUUUGGUGCUGAACACACAUACAUUAGCACAGCAUGUCUCGAUCACAUGACCAGCCAAAUAUUACUCGCUUUAUCUGAAUAGUCCUUUGUAACUGAAUGCUUGGGUAAUAAAUUAAUCAUGGCUAACUGCAAAUAGCAAAUGUUUACAAUGACAUCGGAAAGUGAGAACUUCUGUUUCUGCAUGAUGCUGCAUCUACGCCACUAGUUGUCAAUGCACAUAAAUAGAAAUUUAACUGAGUGCACCUUUAAUAUCCUGCACACAUAGAAUUAGUAUGUUUUUCUAAGUAAAGUGUGGUUGUAGAACACAUUUUUUUAUUUUUUUAUUUGAAUAAACACUGAUACAUACAAUACCAAUGUAAUGACUAACUUAAAAAUGUAACUGUACAUUUUAAAUAUGAAUACCUAUGAAAACUAAUAAGAUCAUUCUGUAAUGUCACUGAACUGCAAUCCACAGAUUCUCCAUUAUGAGAUAUGAGCACUGAAAUUAGGUUGGUUUUCCCCAUUUUAAGCAUAGUGGAGAGGUGACCAGGACAUUUGCUUAGCUUUGUAUUGUAACCUGCCUUUUGAUCCUUCAUUGUUCAUAACAUCCAGCUUAGCUUGUAGUGUGUGUAUGUAUGUAUAUAAGGGCCUUGUCAAAUUUCUUAAAUAAAUGGGAAGUUUUCAUGUGUUUAAA